UUAAAAGGCUGCAUGUCAUCUCAGUGUGUGCAGGGUCCUCUCAGAGAGCAGCUGCUCAGAGCACAUUCUGCACGGCGGGAACAUUCGCUUUCCCUCCGCCUGCUGGGCUGCAUCUCUUCUUCUCCUCCUCCUCCUCCUCCUUCUUCUUCUCGUUCAUCUUCUUCUCCCUCUCCCGCGCUCUGGGCUCCUUCCUCCUUUGCCCUCUUCAAACACAUGCUCUCUCUCUGUCACUCUAGACCUUGUUCCUUUAUGCAGUGAACAGGUAGAGAUCAUCUACGCACAGCUCGGUCCAGUUGAGAGGAAGGACCUUACUCUGUUUUUUUUUUUUUUGUUCUUUUAUGUGCAAAGUAAACGUUAAGAAAAGAAGUGCAGGUGGAGGAGUGAGAGAAGAGGGUGUCCGCUUCACCCCCCCCGUGUAAUGCUCCUGCUGACACCAUGCUGCUCUGUGUGGAUUUGCUCCUCAGGGGAAAAUCCUUAAAAUGAUGGAAGACAACAAGCAGCUGGCACACAGGAUCGAUGGGGCCAUCCAGUCUGCGAGUCAGGAAGUGACCAACCUGCGAUCUGAGCUCUCCGCGACCAGCCGCAAACUGGCAGAGCUGGGAGCCAGCAGCCCCCCUGCGCUGGAGAACCACCUCCAGCACAACCACCACGAUGACAGCCUCCUCCGCUACAGGGAUCCAUCAGUGCAUCACAGGCAAAAGACGAUGGUGACGGACAUGUGCUACCCGACAGAGAUAUCCAGCCUGAUGGACUUUGGCACCGCUGACUGCUCGCUAGGCAAAGGUACAUUGUUGCUCCAAAUUACAAGGCGUUGCCGUGGUGACAGCAGGAAGUGAGCACGGUGAUUUAUC